AUGGCUUCGGAGGGAGCAUCUCCACUGGUGGGCAAGGACGGGGCCCCGAAGCCUGCUGCUGCCCAGUCUCCUUCCUCUGCGAUUCCCCGUUCCCCUCCUGCUCCUGGCUCAGCCAACCAGCCACCCUGGGAGCCGUCUCCACAGCCCCCUGUGUCUUCAGGCAACCCAUUGGUGUUCUCAGCUUUCCCCAACCCGCUGCUGGUGACAGGGGAUGGAAGUGGGACUGGCAAGGUCAUCGUCAAGGUCAAGACUGAAGGAGGGACCGCUGAGCCCUGUCAAACUCAGAAUUUCAUCCUCACUCCCACGGCCCUAGACUGGAUUGCAUCCAGGACCCCCUGUGCAGCUUCUCCUCCUCUUCCUCCUCUUUCUCCUCCGCCUAAGGUGGUGGUCUCUAGUGGGAGCUUGUCCACACAGGCUGCUGGAGGGGGCCAGGAGGGCUCUUCGGUCUCCCCUCUUCAGGGUCCUCCACCGGUAGCCCACCUGGCUCCCAUAGUGCCCCUGGAGAAGGCGUGGCCAGGGCUGCCGGGCACUAGCGGGGAAGGAGGGCCUGCACUGGGGGAACUUGCCCACGCGUCCAAGGGAGUGUAUGAGAACUUCCGGCGCUGGCAGCGCUACAAAGCCCUGGCCCGGCAGCGCCUGCCCCAGAGCCCGGAUGCUGAGGCGCUUUCCUGCUUUCUCAUCCCAGUGCUGCGUUCGCUGGCCCGGCUGAAGCCCACAAUGACACUGGAGGAAGGCCUGCCAAGGGCCAUGCAAGAGUGGGAGCGGACCAGCAACUUCGACCGGAUGACCUUUUAUGAGAUGGCAGAGAAGUUCAUGGAGUUUGAGGCUGAGGAGGAACUGCAGAUGCAGAAGGCGCAGACAAACGGCUCUCAGGGCCAGCCUCCUUCAGCUCCUCUGAAAGUGGAUGCUCCAGGGCCCCUCGCCCCUGAGGUGUGUCCACAGCCAGUGUACAUCCCAAAGAAGGCUGCCUCUAAGACUCGGGCUCCCCGCCGGCGGCAGCGCAGACCCCAGAGGCCUUCAGCUCCCGAGGCACCCAAGGAGAUCCCGCCGGAAGCUGUAAAAGAGUACAUGGACAUCAUGGAAGGGCUGGUGGGAAGCCACUCUGACAAUGGGGAGUCGGGUGGAAGACACAAAGUGGAAGGACAGCAGGAUGAAGGAAUAUACCCUGAUGCGAGCCUCCUCAGCUACAUGGAUGAACUGUGUUCUCAGGAGGUCUUUGUCUCCAAGGUGGAGGCUGUUAUCCACCCUCAAUUUCUGGCAGACCUGCUGUCCCCAGAACAACAGAGGGAUCCUUUGGCCUUAACUGAGGAGCUGGAGCAAGAGGAAGGGCUCACAAUUGCCCAGCUGGUCCAGAAGCGCCUCUCUGCUUUGGAAGAGGAAGAUGCACAGGCACCUCCAAGUUGCAGUGGAGCUCUGUCGGACUCGAGUCCUUCUGUUUCUGAUGAGGAUGAAGAUGGGGGUGGGUGGCCUCGGCCCUCAUCAGGGCCACGGGCAGCUGCGGGCACCGUUCGCUCCGGAAAGGUUGCUUCUUCAGGCAAGCAGGCAAGAGAAAAGCCUGGUAGGCAGGAGCGAGCCCGAAGUGGACCCAGGGGAGUGCGUGGGGGUGAGAACACCCCACCCCCCUGUGGCUGGAAGCCACAGCCAGGACUUGCAGCUUCACAGGGGGCGCGGCCCGCCUCGGGUGUGGAGGGAAGAGGGUCCGGCGAGGUUGUAAGCCAACUACCUCCGCCUCAGGAUGGCCACCAGGGAGAGGGCAAGACCCUUGGGCCCUGCCUGAGGGCUGGCAGGACUUCAGAGGUGUUGCCUGUUUGCUGGCAGGAGGGGCCCUGUCCUGCAAGAGUCCCCAGUGUGGAUCCCGGGCUCACAGCACCCACUGCUGUGCAAGGACAGGGGUUAGAAAAGCAUAUGCUGGGCCUGCAGACAGGUCAGCAGAUGGAGGCACCUCGUGAACCUCCACAAGGGACAGCGGCUUUAGCAGUAUCUCAGGAAGGCUCUUCAGGAGCCAUGUGGAAGGAUUAUGACCAGAAGCCUUCCCCUGGAGUAGCCAGGGACCAGGAAAGGGCUCUCAGCCCAGGACUUUGGCUGAGCAGUGAGGUAGAUGCGGUAGGCUUCCAAAUGGAAGAGGUCAUAGGGAGCUUCCAAGAUGGGGCGUGUAUAGUUGAGCACCCAGCACGCAAGUCCACAGGCAGCUUCCCUCUGGCUCACGGAGAAACCACAGCACCCGGGGAGGCAGGGUGUGCUGUGGCUCCCAGGCGGGGUGCAGAUGCCACAGCUGCCGUAGAAAAGAGUAAUGGCUGCGGCUCGCCAGAACCGCUGGUGGACAACCGCCUGGAUUUGAUGCCCAAAGAAGAUAGGGACCAGAGCCUUGAGACUCUCCAGGACCCCAGUGACCUGUGGGCUGACAGUUGCUCCCCGCUGCUGGAGAGCACUGACGUCUCCUCUCUGGAGCCUUCCAAAGAUGCCCUGCUGUCUGCAUACCAUGACAGUCUGUUCAUUGUGGGGACCCCGGAUGCCUUCCUCCCUCAGAUGCCCAGCCAGGACUUGGAGAGCAGAGGCAACCCCUUCUCUCCUUUGCUGGAAACGGUGGAGCAUGUCAGCACUCUAGAUGUCUCAGAUUACUGUGGCCUCCAAUUAAGGGGCAGCAAGGAUUUUGAUUCUUAUGACUUCCAAGAAGAGAGGAGGGAAGAGAGCUGCCUGUCCAAGUGUGAUGACCUUGUUCUUUUACAAGACAGUCUAGAGCCCUAUGUCCCCAGGACUCUCAGCUCCCCACCACUCCCUAGUCCUGGGAGCACUUCCCCGAGGUGGGAAGGCGGGGAGGCAUUAGCUCUGAGAGGGAUCUGUAUUAGUGAAACACGUGACUCACUGGAUGGGGCCAAGGGCAGGGAGGAGGAGGAAGAGGAGGGAGAGGAUGAGCAACUCUCCAACUUCGCUUACCUCUUGGCCUCGAAACUCAGCCUGUCUCCACGGGGGCGUCCCCUCGGUACUCAACCAGCCUCUGGAGGUCAUGGCAUCCAGACAACAUCCCAGCUCUCCGCCGAGGCUAGGGGCCUGGGCCAGCUCCCACACCCUGCCACCAUGUCUGACAAGCAAGGCCUGGCCGGAGGGUCAGCCUCGGCUGUGAGGAGACCCCAGCCAGGAAUUCAACUUGGAGCCCAUGGGGAGAAACCCCCGGCACAGCCUUCACCACCUCGGAAAAGGCGGGGCGACAGUCACGCCACUGGCAGAAGGAAGAAGCGGCGCCGUAGCCAGGUGUAAACAGGACCGCCUUACCCCACCUGCCAGUCCCCGAGGGCAGCUGCCCUAGGGAUUUCACCGCUGCUGUUUACCACCUGAGAAGCCCUGUGGGUCCCGGGCUGCAUGGCUGUGCUAGGGA